UCUCCAAAGACAGGAGCAACACCCUUCACCCAGCCACAGGGAGACAGAUGUGCUACAACACCCCUCAUACUCAGGCAAGUGAACAUCACUACAGCCACAGGGAGAGACGUCCUACACAGACAAGGGAGAAAAGCCCCAACGAGGUCGCUUCAUCCACUUCCACUCCAUCACCUUCUGGGUCGGCAAUGCCAAGCAGGCUGCAUCCUACUACUGCAACAAGCUGGGCUUCGAGGAGCUGGCCUACCGCGGGCUGGAGACCGGCAGCAGGGAGGUGGUGUCACACGUCAUCAAGCAGGACAAGAUCGUGUUUGUUUUCUCCUCCGCUCUGAACCCAGGGAAUGAGGAGAUGGGGGAGCACCUGGUGAAGCACGGGGACGGCGUGAAGGACGUGGCCUUUGAAGUGGAGGACUGUGACUUCAUCGUGCAGAAAGCCAAGGAGCGCGGUGCUGUGGUGGUGAAGGAGCCGUGGGUGGAGCAGGACAAAUUUGGGAAGGUGAAAUUCGCAGUGAUCCAGACGUACGGUGACACCACCCACACCUUGAUAGAAAAGCUCAACUACAAGGGCCUGUUCCUCCCUGGGUACCACCCACCCCUCUUCAAGGACCCCCUGCUGCCCAAGCUACCAAGUGGCAAGCUCAGCUUUGUUGAUCACGUUGUGGGGAACCAGCCUGACCUCCAGAUGGUCCCAGUGGCAGACUGGUACCAGAAGAACCUGCUCUUCCACCGCUUCUGGUCAGUGGAUGACAAGCAGCUGCACACCGAGUUCAGCGCCCUGCGCUCCAUCGUGGUCACCAACUACGAGGAGACCAUCAAGAUGCCCAUCAAUGAGCCAGCCCCUGGCAAGAAGAAAUCCCAGAUUCAGGAAUACGUUGAUUACUACGGAGGGGCUGGAGUUCAGCACAUCGCACUGAACACGCCCGACAUCAUCUCAGCGAUCACCAACCUGAAGCAGAGGGGCAUGCAGUUCAUGGAUGUGCCCUCCAGCUACUACCAGGUGCUGCGGGAGAGGCUCAAAACUGCCAAAAUCAAAGUGAAGGAGAACAUUGACAAGCUGGCGGAGCUGAAAAUCCUGGUGGAUUUUGAUGAAAAAGGCUACUUGCUGCAGAUCUUCACCAAACCAGUCCAAGACAGACCCACGGUGUUUCUGGAGGUGAUCCAGAGGCACAACCACCAGGGCUUCGGUGCUGGGAACUUCAAGUCUCUGUUUGAGGCCAUUGAAAUGGAUCAGGAUGCCAGAGGAAACCUGACUGUGCUGGAGCCCAAUGGGGAGACCAGGAGGAUGUAGGGGAUGGCAGCAAGUGCCACCCUCAUCCCCAAGGAGCUGCAUCCCAAAUGAACUGGGAAACACCCCACGUUUUGGUAAAUAGCUCAGACUGGAGUGCCACAAAGCCAGGGAAGCCACUGCCAAGCUGGACAAUGCAAAAGGACCCAAGAGCUCUCCCAGCCCAGCCCUGGCACUGCCCUUCUGUGACCUCCUGGGAGAUGGGGUGUGGGAAAUAGCAAACACACUCUCAAAAAGCAGCUUAAUCUGAUCCAAACCAUGGAAUUCUUAACAAAAGGGCAGGUUUAAGGCAUGUGCCAAAGACAUGCAGCUACAGAGGAAGACAGAAGAAACAACUGGGAGUGCUCAAAUUCAGUCUACCCAAAGUUUUAAUUUUAGCUACACGGGAAGCUGCGACGGCACAGAGGCGUUUUCCUCUCUGCACAUCUCCUUUUGUAAGAUUUUGGUUUAAUUGCUUUUAGACUCAAUCUUCAAUUUGAAAUUGCUGAGAAUAAACAUGGUUUUAGGGUAGCUCCAA